AUGGCCGAACAGAAGAUGGAAUACGUCAACUUGGGCAAGUCCGGGCUCAAGGUGUCAAAAGUCAUUCUUGGUACAAUGAGUUACGGAAGUUCCAAGUGGCAGCCGUGGGUCUUGGAUGAGGCUGAGAGCUUGCCACUUCUCGAGCAUGCGUACAAAGCCGGCAUCAACACCUGGGACACAGUAGGCCUACUCUACCUUUCAGCCGAUGCGACUGCGCAAAGGGCUGACAUCUAUUCCCACGGCUACUCCGAGAAGAUCAUCGCAAAAGCACUGAAGCAAUACAACAUCCCGCGAAACAAGGUCGUUCUCCUCUCAAAAUGCUACUUCGGCGUCAACGAAGAAGACCCCAGCCUCGGCAUUGCAUCAGUAUCUACCAACGACGGAGACAUGGUCAACCAAGUCGGUCUUAGCCGUAAGCAUAUCUUUGAUGCGGUAGAGAAGAGCGUGGAGCGACUAGGCACAUAUAUCGAUGUUCUGCAGAUUCACCGUCUCGAUCGCGACACACCAAGAGAGGAGAUAAUGAAGGCACUCAACGAUGUUAUUGAGAAGGGUUGGGUACGAUACAUUGGCGCCAGCUCCAUGGCUGCUUGGGAGUUCCAAACACUACAGAACAUUGCCGACAAGAACGGCUGGCACAAGUUCAUCUCCAUGCAGAACUACUACAACCUCCUUUACCGCGAGGAAGAGCGCGAGAUGAUCCCAUACUGUCAAGACACAGGCGUCGGCCUCAUCCCUUGGUCGCCCAUAGCUCGGGGCGCCCUCACUCGACCUUGGGGUGACCGAUCUUCCAAGCGUGCUGAGACUGACAAGUUCCUCGAUAUGCUUGUACAUCAGCGCGAAGACGCCAUCGAUAAGAAGAUCGUCGAGCGCGUGGAAGAAAUUGCGAAGAAGCACAGUGUCAGCAUGGCAUGUAUUGCGACUGCAUGGACUGUCAAGAAGGGUGUUUGCCCCAUCAUUGGGCUGAGCAGCAAGGAGAGAAUCGAUGAGACAGUGAAGAACAUUCAUUUCAAGCUAAGUGAUGAGGAUGCAAAGUAUCUUGAGGAGGUGUAUGCACCCAAGUUCAGGCAGGGCUUCUAA